UCUGACUCGGGAAGUCCGUUAGAGUCAUUCAACGUCUCAACUCCGCCUAUCUUAGAUAGCUCUUCUAAUUGGCUUCGUCUUCUCCUACUGCCUCAAUUUUUACCUUUGAUCGGUCUAGACCCGACCAGACUUGUGUCCAGCGUCGUGGGUGGGGCCAGGGAGGGCCAAGAUGUCUUGAUGGGUUUUCCCCACGCCCACGCACGGAUCAUUUAAACCUCCUUCCACUUCCAUAAUCUGGCCUUAUUACACCCCUACACCCCCACACUCUUUGCUUGCUUGCUUGCUUGGUUGCUUGCAAUUUCUAGUGAUUGACGUGGUUGGCCUUUGAGGUGCCCCGAAGCCAAAUGCCGGCUUAUCACUCUUCUUUCCACUCGUCGGGCGUCGAGUGCGUGGGCAAUGUGGCGCUAUUGCCCAUCAAAGGUGGCGUUCGAGGCCCGGUUCCGCUCCUGUCCAAGACGGCCCCCGAGCCGGAUGUGGUGGACGAGGCACUCAAUUAUUUCAAAGCCAACGUGUUCUUCCGCACGUAUGAGAUUCGCUCGGAGGCCGACCGCGUGCUCAUUUACUUGACCUUGUACAUUCAAGAUUGUUUGCGCAAGCUCCAGAAAUGCACUAGUCAGGCCCAAGGCCAGCAAGAGAUGUACUCGCUGGCCAUUACGCGGUUUGAUAUUCCGGGCGAGGCCGGGUUCCCACUCAACGGGGUUUACGCCAAGCCCCGCAGUCCCGAGGAAGCCGAUCUCAUGCGACAGUAUUUUCUCCAACUGAGGCACGAAAUGGGCUCCCGACUCUGUGAGCGGGUGUUUGACACACCCGAUGGACGUCCUUCCAAAUGGUGGACGUGCUUUGCCAAGAAGCGCUUUAUGGAUAAGUCUUUGACUGGGCCGGGCGAACGGUGAAUGUUCGUAUCCUCAUCUAUCUAAAUUGCAAACGCCCAUCGCGUUCUCAUUAUUUGCAUCAAGUUCAAUAUUAUACUCAAGGUUACAUAUUAGCCAAA